GGUAGGUGCUUUGCGUGCUUGUUAUAGUUAAUUCCCCGCCGGCGUUGAGGUUUAUCGAACCGGCGAGCGAAACUUUCGCCGAAUCCCACGGUGACGAUGAGGAUUCUGCCGGCACAUAGACUUUGAAGCGUGUUAUUGUUCGCUUUCAGUCAUAUCACAGCCCUUCCUACUUUUUCUUGUCCCUUCUACCACUUAUGUUCAGAUCCUACACCUAGAGCACUUUAAAUGAUCUGUAUAUCCAACUUUCGACGACCUCAUUAUUGACGUUUCUUUUCCUUUCGAAAUGACAUUUCCAUCGCCCAUCACGACGACCAUUCAAAACCCGCGGUUACGCCUCCUCAACUGCCUUCGCGCUGGAUCAAGACCGAUCCUGACUUUUUUGGGCCUGCCGUCUAUUCGUACGGCCCAAAUAUUGGCUUCAACAGGUCUCGACGGUAUUAUCAUUGACUGUGAACAUGGGUCUAUCAGUGACGACUCCAUGCAUGAAGCCAUUGUCGCUACCUCUUCUCAGGGUGUCUCUCCGCUUGUUCGUGUCAGAAUGACUCACGCGGAUUUAAUCAAACGUGCUUUAGACGCUGGUGCCCAUGGUAUUAUCGUGCCGAUGGUUAACACUGCCGAAGAGGCCAGGGCAGUUGUUCAAAAUGCUACUUUCCCUCCUCAAGGUUUGAGAGGGCAAGGCUCGGCGUUUCCGGGAUUCGCGCUCGGUAUAGAUAUUCCGACAUAUGUGAGAACCGCCAAUGAGACUCUGAUCACUUGUUUGCAAAUCGAGUCCAAGACAGGUGUCGAGAAUGUUGACGCUAUUUGCGCAGUGCCUGGUGUCGAUAUGGUUUUCAUAGGGCCAAAUGACCUUGCCCUUUCUAUCCUCGGCUAUGUUCCUGCCAAAGGGGAUGAGCCCGUGUUUGUUGACGCAAUCAACAAGAUCGUGGCUGCUGCUAGGAAGCAUGGAAAAUGGGUUGGCCGGCUGUCGAAUGACGGGUCUUUAGCUAAAGAGCAUCUCAAUAUUUUUGAUGUAGUAGCUAUGAGCUAUGAUGUCCGGGCGAUGCAGAAUUGGUAUAAGAAUGAAUUGAGAACUGCACGUUCGUGACGGAUAGGAAGGAUAACAUCCAUGAUAGACUAAUUCAUAAAGUGUGAAUAUCGCCAAGGUAUUACGCCACCGGUUCCUAGAUUAGUAACGCCAUGGGUGAUAUUUCUCUUUGUUUCAAUAACACGAAGAGUGAAUAUAGGAUCACACCCGAGUUUUGAAGGAAAAGUUUCCUUUGGCAUAUGAGUAUUUCUCGAUCGAUUUAGAUAAAACAUAUUAAGCCAAGUUGAUUUCAGCUAUCCCAAGUGAUUUUGAUCAGUAAUUCUGAACUCUUCCGGAUCGUAAUUGCUAUGA